GUUUAAACUUUUAAGGAUAAAACUACAGGUUAGAUAAACUUACAGUUCAAAAGUGAGGAUAUUUAAAGGUGUGAAGGCCAGUGGCACAUGUUCCACCAUGUUGCUAAGUGACAGUAAAAGAUCCUGGGUGAAGUAUGCCCUGGCUGGCUGGGCUUUCAUUGAGUGCCUCCUGUUCGCCGGAAUCCUGUAUGGCUGGGGAUCUCUCGUAUUCAUUUUCAAAUCUGAGGGCAUCUACGCUGACCUCUGUGGUUACGAUGAUCAUGUUCAUUCAGUAGAUAAAAUGAACAAAUCAAAUAUAAAUGUGUACAGAAACAAUGGAAAGCUUAAUACUAGUAACCCAAGUGUUCAUUUUAUCCAUUCAACAUCCUCAACUUUAACAGAAACACUUAACAAUCAUAAUGGAAACACAACAGUGACUGUCACCAAAGGCCAGUCAUGCCUAGCACAGGAUAGCCGGAUGUCCCUGUGUUUCACCAUAUCGUCCUCCAUUUUCUGUGUGAGUUGUGUUGUCAUGGGAGCUGUCAACUAUAAACUUGGGACCAGACUGACAAGGCUUAUAGCUUUUCCGUUCUUCAUAGCCGGGAGCCUUUGUUUUGUGUUUCUAAGUAAAGAUCGUCCAUGGCUGAUGUUUCCAGGGCUCUCCUUGAUUGGUAUUGGAGGCCUUCCUGUUUUUGUCACCAAUACACAGGUGUCUAACCUGUUCAAGUCUGGAAGUUCUUCAGUUGUUGGCUUGAUAGUUGGAGGGUAUGACAUGUCAUCAGCUGUGUUCCUUGUCAUCAAGCUAGGUUUCCACAGAGGGUUCUCACACCAGAAAGGCUUUGCUGUGCUGUGUGGCAUGCAUGUGAUGACACUGGUUAGCACAUUCCUGUUUCUCCCUAAAGGCUUCAUUGAACAGCGGGAAGACCCGACAACAGGUUGCCAAGGUGAUGAGGGUGGACGGCGGUUAUCUGAAGGUCUAUUGAAAAAGAGGGCACAGUUACCAAGACAAAGAAGCAUGACAGUUAUGGAAUACCGGGUCAGGGGUCGGCGUCCUUCCCUGGCAGACACCCAGCCCUUGAGUAGCUACCUGAGACAGCCCCUUUUCCUCACCCACAGUCUCUGGCUGUGCAUCCUUCAACUUCGUUUCUACUUUUUCAUAGGAAACCUCAACACCUUCCUUACCCGAGUCCUUGACAAUGACACACAACAAGUGAGCUAUUUCACGAAUGCAUGUUUCUACACAAUGAUGGGUGGGCUUUUCACCUCAUUUCUGGCUGGCAUUGUGUAUGACAGUCAAAAGGCAAUAUUUAAAGGUGGCCAGUCCAAGCUAUAUAGGAGACUGAUGCCAGCUCUGUUGCCGGUCAGUCUGGCCAGUCUACUGACUGUCGUCCUGUCAGUCCUGGUGUUGGUCCCCAGCCCUGCAGUGUUGUAUGUGAUAUUUAUCGUCAUGACUCUAUUACGAUCAUUCCUGUAUAGUGUGGCAGCUGCUUUUAUUCAAGAAAUCUUCCCAAGCCAGUAUUUUGCCCUGUUGUAUGGGGUGACAAUGAUUGCUGCGGGGCUGUUCAGUCUGUUCCAGUACGCCCUCUUCUCUUGGUCAGAGUCUUAUCACAAUGGACCCAAGCAUGUGGAAGUAUUUCUGCUAUGUGUGGGUGUGCUGUCAGCCAUCCAUCCGCUGUACAUGCUGGUGUGUGCCAUACGAGAAGAGAGGAGCACCCGACAGGAUGAUCAACCUCAGCUGGGAUCUGCCGAGGGGACCGGCAACCGGGAGAAAGUUGAAACUGUGUUCACAGAUUAAUGGACAAGCGUCAAAUCAAAACCCAUUGUUGGAAUUUAAGUGUGUGCAAUCGUCAACUGCUGAUACUUACAACUGUGUAACACUAGUCUUUUGAAUUCAACAAUCGCUUCUAUUAAUGCUGUUUUUACAAUCUCAUUUAAUUGCGCGGAUUGUUCAAGUUAAUAAAUGUGAUUAACUUUAAAAUGUAAAAUAUUUGAAGAUGUACUUGUAUAUUAAAUUAUUUUGAAUAAAAAAAGCAGAGCUGAAACAGUUGUCUCUAAUCUUGUAAGAAAUACAGCACAUCACAAGCCUUUUAAAUGUAUCCAUAAAGCUGCCGGUGCAGUAACCAUUUGAAAGUUAACAACGACGGCAAACAAAUAUGUUUACUUGCUUGUUUUAUUGAUACAUAUGUGUAAUUGUAUAAAAUCUGCAAUCUUUAAGAUAGGCUUGCUGAAACAAUCAGAGAAUUUUAUAUGGAAGCCAUGUUUGUACAGUUUAAUGAUAUUGAACAGCAGACUGACCGACAAGAGCACUGUAACAUAUCCAGCCUUAAUCCUGGAGAAAGCAACUAGGAUUUUGUGCCAUAAUGACAUCAAGUUAUUGAUAUUGUUUUUAUUAUAUGGUUUAUCUGGUUUUGUUAUAAAUGUUUGAUGGUACCAGGAUAUUAAUAGCAAUAAAAGUAGC